AACAGGACGUUCAUCACCAACCCCAGUGAUAAUUAACUCAUUUUCCUGUAUUUAUAGCAAACCGACGCGGCGAGCGUUGGCGCUUCUCCCUGACGGGGCCACGCUCGGCCACCACACCGGAGGCAACAACCUGAACGCUGGCCGUUUCUUGCAAUCCAGCAGCUCCAUCCUCAUCCCCGUUGCCUGCUCAUUAAAGCCCAAAGCUGGCAGCUCGUUAAGCCCGCGAGGGCAGGGGUGCCCGCCUCUGCUUGCCCUGCUCGGGGUUUGCUGCACGUUGCCGGCUCAGGGGAUGUUUGCGUCGGUGUUGCCUUCUCCAGAUGCCAGCGCCUGCAUGCGCCUGUGCUAAAAAGAGCGUAGCUGCUGGCGAGGGAAGGUUUUGCUGCUUCGGAGGGGCUCGCCGCAGGGCAGUGCCGCACGGAUGCGCUGAUGCUCGGUGCUGGAGCAGCCUGACGUGCAGCCACGGCCACCGGAGAGGCAAGGGGCAUUUCUCUUCGCUCCGGGGCAUGUGUGUGCCAGUUUCCAGCUGCUUUCCUUGAAGGCACACCACAUUCCUCACCCCCUAGCAGGGGGUCACUUGGCCACCAGCGUUUCGGCAGGGCAUGAGCCAGCCCCGUGCGCCUCCCCACCGCCUCGCCACGGACGGGGACGUCAACGGCUCGGCCACUCGCUGUCCCCAGCACUGGGUCGAGCCCCAGUUCACGCAGGCGGCGAGGGUGCGCGUGGCCAUCACGGCCGUCUUCUUCUUGCUGGCGACGUGCAGCAACGCGGCGGUGCUGGGCAGCCUGCUGAGGAAGAGGAGGAAAUCCCACGUGCGGCCGCUCAUCCUCAGCCUGGCGCUGGCCGACCUGCUGGUGACGGUGGCGGUGAUGCCCCUGGACGCCGUGUGGAACGUGACGGUGCAGUGGUACGGCGGCGAGCUCUCCUGCAAGCUCCUCAACUUCCUCAAGCUCUUCGCCAUGUACGCGGCCGCCCUGGUGCUGGUGGUCAUCAGCCUGGACCGGCACGCUGCCAUCCUCCGACCCUUCGCCCGUGCCCGGCACCGCAACGGGCUGCUGCUGCGAGCCGCCUGGGCGGGCAGCGUGCUCCUGGCUGCUCCGCAGCUUUUCCUCUUCCACCUGCACACGGUCCCGGGAGGGAACUUCACCCAGUGCGUUACCCAUGGCAGCUUCCGAGCACACUGGGAGGAAACCCUCUACAACAUGUUCACCUUCUCCACCCUCUACAUCACCCCCCUGAGCAUCAUGAUUGUUUGCUACGCCCGAAUCAUCCGGGAGAUCAGUAAGCAGCUCAAGGUCAACAAAGGUCUGGUAAGAAAUCAAAACGACCCCAUCUCCAAGGCGCGCAUGAAGACCCUCAAGAUGACGGUCGUGAUCGUCGCCACCUUCGUCAUCUGCUGGACCCCGUACUACCUGCUGGGCUUGUGGUACUGGUUCCAGCCAGCCAUGAUCCACAGGACGCCCGAGUACAUCAACCACAGCUUCUUUCUCUUCGGCUUGCUGCACACGUGCACCGACCCGGUCAUUUACGGGCUGUACACCCCCUCGUUUCGGGAGGAUGUGCAGCUGUGCCUCAGGGGCCUCGAAACGGCGAUCACCAGGCACGAGAGACACAAACCUGCCUCAGCCUCGGAGAAAACCAUCAAGGACGGGGCUGGAAAUGGCAGGGGGGCUUCAGGGGGCUCCAACGGGACAACCGUCAACACGGUGUGCUGAGGAGACCCACCGAAAGGGGACGGGAAGCACUGCCUGGGGGGCUGCUUUGUCCCACAGGGGCCCUUUGGAGAUGGCCACAAGGUGGGUGCGGGUCUCUGGCCAGGAGCAGGGCAUGGGGGGGGGCAUGAAGAGCCACAG